AUGACUAAUGGAAGUGUUGUAUUUCAAGGAACCAAAGAAGAAGCAAUUAAAUAUUUUGCAUCUAUAGGAUUUAUAAAAGAACAAAAAUUAAUGACAUAUCCAGAUUUCUUUAUAAAAAUCAUCAAAUUAAAUUUAACUGAUGAAUCAGAGACAAAGUAUAAUUUACUACCUGAAUGUUGGAAAAAUCAUAUAAAAGAAUUAAAAAUUGAGUAUACUAAACCUAUUGAGACAAAAUUUAAAAGAUUUUCAAUGAUAAAGAAAGCUGCAACCAUAUUAAUGUCUAAUUUAUCUAGUGAUGAUUUCUUUUCUUCUAUUUAUCAUAUAAUCCUUCCUAACAUUAUAUUUUUAUAUAAUGUUUUCAAAGUCAGUAAAUACAUACUAAAGAUUAAAACAAAUCAAAUAGAAUUUUAUCCUGAUAAAUCCAGUAAUAUAAAAAUACCUUCUUCUUCGAAUAUAUUUAAUAUGCUUCAUGAAUUUAUAUUGGAUGAUACAAGAUUCUGCCAUGAUUUAGUAUUUGAAGAAAUUGAUGGUUCAAAAACUUUUAGUUCUUAUUGGAAGGAUAAUCCAAUUCUUAUUAUUGGAGUAUAUUUAUUUUAG